CUACUAUGAUCGAUCUCAUUACCAUUUCUUCGUUUUCUCCCCCUAAAUAUUCCUGAGUUCUUGAUUCUUGAUAAUUGCAGCCUUGCAGGUAAAAAUGGGAGUAGAAUCGAGAGCAGUUGCUGUUUCACUCUUUGUGUUGUUUCUGUUGUUUGUCUCAGCCACUUCUGAGAGCAAUGAUGAUGGAACAAUCAGAGUUGGCUUGAAAAAACUGAAACUGGAUCCUAACAACCGACUUGCAACACGCUUUGGUUCCAGUCAAGAAGAGGCCUUAAGAUCUUCUUUCCGUUCGUACAACAACAAUCUUGGUGGUGAUUCUGGAGAUGCUGACAUUGUAGCGCUCAAGAAUUACUUGGAUGCUCAGUACUAUGGUGAGAUUGCUAUCGGUACUCCACCGCAGAAGUUUACUGUCAUUUUUGAUACCGGAAGCGCUAACCUUUGGGUGCCAUCAGGGAAGUGUUUUCUCUCGAUUUCUUGUUUCUUUCAUGCAAAGUACAAGUCCUCGCGUUCAAGCACAUAUAAGAAAGAUGGGAAAAGGGCCGCAAUCCAUUACGGGUCAGGAUCGAUCUCUGGUUUCUUUAGUUAUGAUGCUGUCACAGUUGGUGAUUUGGUUGUCAAAGAUCAGGAGUUUAUUGAGGCAACCAGUGAGCCAGGUAUAACAUUCGUGGUGGCUAAAUUUGAUGGUCUACUUGGUCUUGGGUUCCAAGAGAUUUCUGUUGGAAACGCCACUCCUGUUUGGUACAAUAUGCUUACCCAAGGCCUUAUCAAGAAGCCGGUGUUUUCAUUUUGGCUUAACCGUGAUCCAAAAAGUGAAGAAGGAGGUGAAAUCGUAUUUGGAGGUGUUGAUCCAAACCAUUUCAGAGGAGAACAUACAUAUGUUCCUGUGACACAAAGGGGUUACUGGCAGUUUGACAUGGGUGAGGUUCUCAUUGCUGGUGAAUCAACCGGCUACUGUGGAAGUGGUUGUUCCGCAAUAGCAGAUUCUGGAACAUCCUUACUUGCGGGGCCAACGGCUGUGAUUGCCAUGAUAAACAAAGCUAUUGGAGCAUCAGGAGUUGUUAGCCAGCAAUGCAAGACUGUUGUUGACCAAUAUGGACAAAUCAUUUUGGAUUUACUUUUGGCUGAGACUCAACCACAGAAGAUUUGCUCACAAAUUGGUCUUUGCGGUUUCGAUGGCACCCAAGGGGUCAGUAUGGGGAUUGAUUCGGUGGUGGACAAGGAAAACAUGAAAUCAUCUAGUGGUCUUCGAGGUGCGGGUUGUCCUCCAUGUGAAAUGGCGGUUGUGUGGAUACAGAGCCAGUUGAGGCAGAACAUGACUCAAGAGCGGAUAGUGAACUACGUUAAUGAGAUAUGCGAGCGCAUGCCUAAUCCAAAUGGAGAGUCUGCAGUGGACUGCUCAAAACUCUCUACAAUGCCGACUGUUUCAUUCACCAUUGGAGGCAAAGUCUUUGACCUUGCUCCAGAAGAGUACAUACUAAAGAUUGGAGAAGGACCAGUGGCACAAUGCAUCAGCGGGUUUACCGCACUUGACAUCCCCCCACCUCGUGGACCUCUCUGGAUACUGGGAGAUGUGUUCAUGGGCAAAUAUCACACGGUCUUUGACUUUGGGAACGAGCGAGUUGGGUUCGCAGAAGCUGUAUAAGAAAUGUAACAUCGGUUGAGUCUUUUGUUGAUGUGUUUUUUUCUUUUGGUGUGACCGUGUGAGAGAUUUGUUGUUAUAUGGAAAGGUUGUGAAGAAUAAUGUUGAAGCUUUGGGGAUGUUUUCUUUCUAACUCUUGAUAAAAAAAAACCUCUUUUGAAUAAU